AGAAGUCAAGGGUGAUUGGCACAUUGAGGAAAAGUACAUGAUCUUGGUGCCCAUACAUUUUACUUAAUUCUCACUUCACGGACCUUUGUUAUCUCCUCCCCCAUCUUCAACAGCUCAACUGGAGAACAGAGAUGGGCUACUUCGAGAAAUCCUUAGCCUUUGUGAUCAUCUUUCUGGUUCUUCGAGCCAAGAAAGCCUACUGCAGUGACUGCUCAGUUUCCCCGUGUUCGCUGCAAGGUCCUAGGAUAAGCUUCCCCUUUUGGAAAGUGGGUCAACCUCAGCAUUGUGGCUACCCCGGAUUCAAGCUAUCAUGCAAGGGAAACCAAACUGUUCUACAACUUGCGUCUUUCGGUGAAGUUUUUGUAACAUCCAUAUAUUAUGAGCAAAAUGAGCUCACCAUUGAUGUCGGCCCCAACAAUUGCACAUAUGACUUCUUCUUGCGCUUCAACUCCUCAGCAACCCCUUUCUCCUACUACCCAUACUUUCCUCCUGAAACUACUCAGUACACGUACACAAAUUGUUCUAGCAAUAUAACCUCUGAUGACCUUUAUCCAGUUCCUUGUAUGAGUAGCACCAGCAGCAAAUCAGGAUUUUAUGUUUACGUAGUACCUUCAGCCAUGCAACUGACUAUGUUGCCGGGGUAUUGCCAGCCAAUAGGAAAUAUAUCAGUUCCUUAUCUUUUAACUCCCAACUCCGCGGAUUAUUCAUCAUCAUUUGAUCCUGAUUACCCUUUCACCGAUUCGGCUCUCAAUCUUGCUUGGAGUUUGCCAGGAUGUGAAAGUUGCUUUAACUGUGGAUUCAAGAGCAACGCAAGUAAUGAGACUUACUGUUUAGAUCCACCCUAUGAAGAAGGCUCCUUUUAUCCAGACAACACAGGUGGCAACUCAGGAAACAACACAAAGCAUUUGAUAAUAGGUAUUUGCAUCGGCUCCCUUUUCCUGGUAGCAGUAACAGCUGCGAUAAUCAGUGCCUACUAUUUGAGAAGGCGUGGUAGGAAGAAAGGAAUGGAGAAUCAGAAUCAGACCAGCGUUGAGAGGUUCUUAGAAGAAUACAAGUCCCUUCGACCCACCAGGUAUUCCUACGCCGAUAUCAAGAAGAUCACCGAUCAUUUUAAGUCCAAGCUGGGCGAAGGUGGAUUCGGCAGCGUCUUCAAAGGCACGCUGCCGAGCGGGCUGCCGGUCGCCGUGAAGGUUCUGAAGAAGAACGCCGGAGGAGGCGACGGAGGAGAGUUUGUGAACGAAGUCGGCACGAUCGGCAGAAUCCACCACGUAAAUAUUGUUCGCCUUCUGGGCUUCUGCGCCGACGGAUUGCGAAGAGCUCUGAUCUAUGAGUUCAUGCCGAACGAGUCUUUAGAGAAGUUCAUUUCCUCGUCGUCGCGUUCUGGGGAGGGGGGCCCGGGCCCGAACGCCGCGCUGAGUUGGUCGAAGCUGCUGGACAUUGCGGUCGGCAUUGCCAGGGGAAUGGAGUAUCUUCAUCAGGGAUGCAACCAGAGAAUCCUCCAUUUCGACAUCAAGCCCCACAACAUACUGCUGGACCACAACUUCAGCCCCAAGAUCUCUGAUUUCGGGCUGGCCAAGCUAUGCUCCAAGGAGCGGAGCAUGGUGUCGAUCAGCGCCGCGAGAGGAACCGUCGGCUACAUUGCGCCGGAGGUGCUAUCGAGGAACUUCGGAAAUGUUUCCUACAAGUCCGACGUCUACAGCUUCGGAAUGCUGCUGCUGGAGAUGGCCGGCGGGAGGGAUAUUAUUAUUAAUAAAAGCAACGGGAUGACGACGAUGACGGAGGCCCCCCUCCUGGAGUCUUCGAUUUAUAAUAAUAAUAACAGCAGCUGUUUAUGUGGGACUCUCACUGCUGGAGACGAGGAGGACGAGGCAACACUGAUAGCGAGGAAGCUGACGAUAGUGGGUUUAUGGUGCGUACAGUGGCAUCCGGUGGAUCGGCCUUGCAUGAAGGUCGUGGUUCAGAUGCUGGAAGGGAGCGUACAGAGUCUCCAGAUGCCCCCUGAUCCAUUUGCCUCCCUUGGGUCGGCCCCGCAGACUGAACUCGCAGGUCCACCUGCCAUCGCGUCUCAGGGCCCCAACUUGCAAGUAAUAACUGAAGAAGGAGAAGUAAUAACGGAAGAAGGAGAAGAAGGCGGAGUCGGAGGAGAUGCGGGAACAAAUUAUUAACCCGAAACACUAGGUUCUCAUAGCUUUGCAGAAAUUCCCUUUGAAAUAAAUCGUCACUUUCUUUCUUAUUAUGGUGUCCAUCCGCCUUAGUUCUUUCCCCUGCCCUU